CUCUUAUACUUAUAUAUAUACACACAUAGCAACCAAGCUAACACGAACCCUGAGGUUAGACAAAAAAUCAAGAGAUGGGGGAGAAGUCGUACAGAGGCCAUGUCCUAUUACUUCCAUAUCCAGGCCAAGGUCACAUAAACCCAAUGCUUCACUUCUCUCGACGCUUAAUCUCCAAAGGUCUCAAAGUCACCUUAGUAAAUUCCAUUUUCAUUUCCAACUCUAUGAACUUCGGUUCCUCUAUCGGCUCCGUUCACCUUGACGUCAUCUCCGACGGUUUCGACAACGGUGGCUUCGCAGAAGCUGCCAGCAUCGACGAGUAUCUUGCCCAACUAAAAGCCGGCGGUUCAAGAACCCUAGCAGAUCUCAUCAAGAAAUAUAGUUGUUCCUCCAACCCUGCUGACUGUAUAAUUUAUGAGCCUUUCUUGCCGUGGGCCUUGGAUGUAGCCAAAGAGCAUGGUCUGUAUGCUGCUGCCUUUUUUACUCAGCCGUGUGCGGUUGAUUUUAUUUACUACAAUAUUCAUCAUAAGCUGUUGACGGUGCCGGUUUCUUCCACGCCGGUGUCUAUUUCUGGGUUACCGUUGCUUGAGCUUAGGGACAUGCCGUCGUUCCUUCAUGUGCCUAAAUCAUAUCCGGCUUACUUUGAGAUGGUAUUGAAUCAAUUUUCCAAUACAGAGAAAGCUGAUUACAUCCUUAUUAACACCUUCUACAAACUAGAGAAAGAGGUGGUGGAUGUGAUGUCAAAAGUUUGUCCAGUGCUGACAAUUGGGCCAACAGUUCCAUCAAUAUACUUGGACAAGAGGAUAGAAGAUGAUGAUGAUUAUGGGCUCGAUCUCUAUUCAUUAGACGCCUCAACUUCCCUCAACUGGAUCAGCACCAAGCCACCAAGGUCAGUUGUUUAUGUGGCCUUUGGAAGCAUGGCUGAUCUAAGCGACAAGCAAAUGGAGGAACUUGCAUGGGGUUUAAAGAGAACCAAUUUCAACUACUUGUGGGUCGUUAGGACUUCUGAGCAAGCAAAACUACCUAAAGGUUUUAUGCAAGAUUUGGGAGAUAAAGGCUUGCUUGUGAACUGGAGUCCUCAGGUGAAACUUCUACGAAAUGAGGCAAUGGGGUCCUUUUUUACCCAUUGUGGUUGGAACUCAACAAUUGAGGCCUUGAGCUUGGGUGUGCCAAUGGUGGCAAUGCCUCAAUGGACUGACCAACCACCCAAUGCUAAGCUUGUUGAAGAUGUUUGGAAGGUGGGAAUUAGAGUGAAGGUUAAUGAGGAGGGAAUAGUGACUAGAGAAGAAAUUGAGUAUUGCAUAAAUGAAGUAAUGGUGGGAGAAAGGAGAAAAGAGAUGAGAAGAAAUUGUGAAAAAUGGAGGAAGUUGGCUGUGGAGGCUAUUAGUGAAGGUGGAACUUCUGAUAAAAACAUUGAUGAAUUUGUGUCUAAAUUAACUAGCUCUACACGUCAUUGAAUUAAAAAGAUUGUAUUGGAAAAAUAUUUAAUCUUAUUUUGUCUUGUUUGAUUUAA